GCGGCAGGAUACAUGGAGAACAAACUGUCAUCCAACGCUGGACCGCCUGACAGGUCUCCCGUACACAAUCCAACUAGCCGCAUCCCGACAACCCAGAAUGGCAGUGCCGGAUCCCCCCGGCAGCAACAGCAACCACACAAUGCACAGCAGCAGCAACAGCAGACACAGCAGCCGAGGCCACAAACGCUGACGCCGACGCGGGAAUCCGCUGCCAAUGGGUCGAUGGCGAUGCAGACGCUCGUCCUGACGGUGAACAAGGAUGCGACCGGGUACGGCAUGAAGGUGUCCGGCGAUAAGCCCGUGUUCGUGGAGAGCGUUAAACCGGGCGGUGCGGCACGGCGGGCUGGGUUAAUGCCGGACGAUAUGAUACUGAAGGUCAAUGGAACAUCCGUGCGAGCAUUAACCCACACCUACGUUGUGGAACUGAUCAAAGCAUCGGACACCGUUGAGCUAACCGUGCAGCGUGGCAGCAACAGAAUGCAGCGACCAUCGCCAUCGACCAACUCCAUCGCCCCGAUGACGCCGGUUGCGCAACGGAACAGCAUCACCGCUCCACAGCCCGUUGAUUGUGCAAAGCAACGGGAGAUGGAGGUACACAAAAUUAACACGCUACAGAUGAUGCUCGAGCAGGUGAAGAUAAACCGUGAUAAUCUUAUCGCCAGCAACAAAUCGGAAGAGGUAGCCCGGGCCGACGCGACGAUCCAGAAGCUAGAGAAGGAGCUGCAACAGAUGCUUGGCGAACACGGCUCAUAUCCGGCAUUCAGCCCAUCGUCGCUCAGCUCACCACCACUGUUUCCGCAACCGCAGCUCCCAAACAGUGGCACUACCACAACGUCGACGCCCGCCUUCCUGUCCCGGUUUCCCCGCUCGCUAUCGUCGCUGAGCCUGGGCACGAAGAAGAAAUCGUCCGACUCCAAAGAGAUAAGCUCACCGGCAGUGGCCACCCUGUUCGGGUCACCCGAGUGCUUUAGCCCAACCGAUGGUGGUCCGUUCGCGGGUGGAGGCCUGGCAGGUUCUGGUAGUGCUGCCGGUGCGGGAACACCUACCAAGACGAAGAAGUAUAGCGCAAGUAGUGCGGCCGAUCAUCACCAUCACCACCAUCUGCACGGAAACCAUCAUCACAUGAAUCGAUCCGGUCCCUUUGGUGGCAGUGGCAAACAACACCAGCACCAGCAAAGUUUAGACAUACCGCCACCACUACCCCAGCGUAACAACAUUCCAAAAAAGUCCGAAGAUAUGGUUGACAUGAUGAUGGUCGGUUCGCGACGCAACAUCCUUGUGUCGGAUCUGGAUCAUCAGCUUGUCGCACAGGACACGUCCAGUCUGCAUUCGGCCGGAUCUUCCGGGUCGGCCAGCUCGAAAGCUAGCAGCGGUGGUGGCAAAUCGUCGCGUGGCAAGAAAAAGAAUGGCGGUUCACACAAUAAUAACAAUCAUAACAGUAGUAGUAGUGGCGGAGGCAAUAAGAACAGUAACGCCAACAACAAUACAGCCAUGGAGUCUCCGUUAGGCGAUGUGAAUAUGACUAAAGGCAGUAUGGCCACGGCAACUAGUACGACAGAGCUGCAGGCAGAACCACCACCCUUGCCACCGCGACAACCUGGCAUGCUGGAGGUAGUGAACCAGAAUCUCAUAAUGAACAGCGACAACAAUGCUGGUAGUAACUGCACCAACAACGCCUCUACAGGCACACCCAAUGGCAAUAACAACAACAACAAUAACAACGGCAGCAGCGGCAUUGGUGGCCGAGGCUCGAUCGAGUUGCGCCCACCACCGAACAGUAUCAAUACGCUGAUGAACUAUCCACUUAUAACGACCUGCACCUCGGUGCGCGACAAUAUGGCCGCUGCCUUUCCGCUCUCCUACCGCCCGAACAUAGUACAUCAGAUGCAGCAGCAUCAACAAACGACCGCGAUGAACCAGCAGCAGCAGGCAGCAGCAGGCGUUAAUCAAUCCAUCAACAAGAAACAUCGACGUAUUGUGUCCUCACCGGAAAACAUCGGUUCGAAAGAUUUCGGUAUGGUGGGCGAUCAUCAUCAUCCGCACCAUUACCGGCAUCACAAAACGUCGUCCGACUCGUGGGACAAGCGUUCGGAGAUAACGCCACCGGGCACGCCGCCUCCACCGUACCUGAGCACCUCGAUGACCGGCAGUGGUAGUCCGGGCGGCGGUGUUGGUGGUGGUCAUCAGCAACACCAUCAGCAUCCGCACCAUCAGCAGCAUGGUGGUGGUCAUCUGCAUCACCAUGAGCACACCACUGCCGGUGAUCUGGCAAUAGCAAACCCUCUCAGUAGCAUUAAUAACAACAACCAUCACCAUCACAACAGUAGCAGCAUCGGAAACAAUGGCACUACCAAUACGACCGGUGGCAACAAUAACAACUUUAACAGCAUUAACAACAACAACAAUGGAGGAAGUCAUAUGAGCUCCUCUUAUCAUGCGCAUCAUCACCAUGGACAAUCACCAAUCGGAGGCACGAAUACGGGUAGUACCGUGCCGGGGAGUAUCGUGGCAGCGCAAGCUAAUGUCGCCCAAAAACCAAUCAUCUCGAUGGAAGACGACGACAUUUCGGAUCAGGAAAGUUUCAUCGAAGAAAAUAGUCCCUUCCGGUCGCUAACGCAACUGCUCGAAGCGGAAAAGUCCGUCUAUCUGGCCGUGUUCUUGAACUUUGUGCUCACCAACUCCGACCCGUCUGCGCUGCUGUUCUAUCUGAUCACGAUGCUGUACAAGGAGGGUAGCGUGAAGGAUAUGCGCAAGUGGGCGUACGAGAUUCAUUCGACAUUCCUCGUACCGGGUGCGCCGCUACUGUGUGCGAACGUGGACGAAGCGCUGGCACGCGACAUCGACGACGUGCUGCAGAAGGAGAACGACAAGGCGGAAAUACUGCGGAUGGUGUUUUGGCGCAGUCGACUGAAAGCGAAGGAAACGAUCAACCAGCAGCUGCAACAGUUUCAGACGAAGCGUACCGCUGGGUUGGGCACAAUGUACGGCCCGAACGAUCAGCUGCUGCAAAUGGCCAAAGGUGACAAGGUGAAGGAGCAACGAAUUAUUGACGAAACGCUGCUGCCUAAGCUGCAACAGUAUCUUGAUGAGCUUGAGCGUGAGUCUCCGAAGGAAGAUCCAAAGAAGUCGGCACUAUGUUCGGCUCUGUCGACCGUACUGAUGCGGUUCUUCGUUACCCGCUACAAUCCCGGCGGACCGAUCGACAAGGUGCAUCACUUCGUUAGCCGCGAGAAAAGCUUCAAAAGCCGGCUUAUGACCAAGAACCGGAAGCAAACGAUCUGUGGCCACAACUUACACCUGCAGCCGUACUACGAAGUGACGCGGUGCAAUCACUGUCAGAACAUUCUGUGGGGCGUUAGCCCGCAGGGCUACCAUUGCACUAACUGCGAAUUAAACAUCCACCGGGCUUGUGCAAAAGAUCUGAACGAAUACUGUCCUGGGCCGGCGAUACAGAAGAAUGACAGCAAAAUUACCAAACUUAUGGAGAAAAUCUCGAGUCGCAAUCAUCAUCAAGAUAAAUCUCGCCGGCAUGAUGAUGAUGCGACUGCAGACGACACAACUAUUAGUGAGCGAAGUACCAACACAUCCUUAGCCCGUCAGCCAUCGGACCGUCGUCAGGACCUGAGUGGACAGCUAGCUAACACUAGUGGCACUUCCGACCAUCUCAACAGCUCAUCGUCCGAUGCUUACGGUUACAAACAGUCCGUCGACGAUGAUCAGUUCCGUGAAAAUGUCAAAUCCAAAUCUGCUCCCGUAUCGGUAAACCGAUCCGAAUCGUACAAGGAAAGAUCGCAGAAGAAAACGCGCACCACGCGAAGGAAAACAUCCGAUCCGAGUCUAACAAAAACGGCUGAUGAACAAAAUGAGGCGUCCUCGUUGGCGAACAAUAACUAUUCCAGCAGUUCCACAUCUAGUCUUCCAUUGGCACUGGACAGUCGAUCGACCUCGCUGGAGGCGGUCAGUGGUGGCACCGGUGCAACGACUGCGGUCUCCUCGGCUGGUCCAGCAGGAACCGUCAGUGGUACAAACCCAACACACUCCCCAGCCGGUGCCUCCAUCCUUCCCACGAGUGCAUCGACCGUAAGUGGGACGAACGUAACGCAUGGCGGAACCGGUCUCGGCGGGCUGAAUGUUCCUACCGCCCGCGAAUGGAUUGACAGUGAGGACGAGGGUACGGUGGAACCGGAAGCCGACUGGAGCUCAAACAUCCCGCCCGAAAUACUCUCCUCCAUCGGCGAUCUGGAAAAGAAGCGCCAGGAAGUGAUCAACGAGAUCUACCAAACCGAGCGUAAUCACGUCCGCACGCUGAGGCUAUUGGAGGGCAUCUUCAUGCGGCCGCUGCAGGAAUCCGGUGCGUUGCCGCUCGAGCUGCUGAACUUACUGUUUCCCCACUCGCUGAUCCACCUGAAAGAUCUCCAUACCGCGUUCGAACUGAAACUGAAACAGCGGCGAAGCGAGCACGGGAACGUCGUACGUGAGAUCGGUGAUCUGUUGUUAACCAUGUUCGAUGGGCAAACUGGCGAAGAGCUGAAGGAACAUGCGGCACACUUCUGUGCCCGGCAACAGAUCGCCCUGGAGGCGUUAAAGGAACGUCGGAAAAAGGAUGAACAGCUGCAACGUCUCCUAACCAAGGCCGAAUCUCACAAAGCGUGCCGACGACUGCAGCUGAAGGAUCUGCUUCCGACGGCACUACAAAGGCUGACAAAGUAUCCGUUGCUGUUUGACAAUUUGUACAACUUUACCGUGCGUAGCUCGCCGAAGAAUGAGAGCGAGGCGCUCGCCAUCCGGAAGUCACACGAGUCCGCCAAACGGAUACUGGAUCACGUCAAUCAGGCGGUGCGAACUGAGGAGGAUAUGCAUAAGUUAUUAACAAUCCAACGCAAGCUCGACAAGAGUGGGUUAGAUAAGGAAGCUUCUAUUGAAUUUAAAAAUAUUGAUCUAACCGUACGUAAGCUAAUCCACGAUGGGCCUUUAACGAUGAAGAAGAAUCCAGGUGUACAACUGCAUGGACUGCUGUUCGAAGAUAUAAUGGUGUUGCUGCAGAAGCAGGACGACAAGUAUCUUGUCAAGUAUCACUCUAGUCCCGGGCUCGGCGGAAGCGAAAGCAAGUACGCCGAAGGCCGCUUUAAUCCGAUCACCAAAAUCCAUCUCAUACUGGUGCGACAGAGCGCCGUCGACAAAAAUACGUUCUUCCUAAUCAACACCAACGUCUCGCAGAUGCUGGAACUGACCGCACCGAGCAGCACCGAGUGCAAAACAUGGUUUAAGCAUAUAUCCGAUGCCGCCGAUGCGUACAAAGCACGUACCAAAGGAACGCAUGAGUACGGUGACGAGAGUGCCGGUGGUGCUGGUCACCCGCCGAAGGACAGCUUCGAAACCGUCACCGAGACGCAGAAGAUCGAACAAACCUCGACCCCGAUCGAGCGAUUAGAGCGCAAGGAUACGCAGUGUCGGGCGGUGAGCAGUAGUGCCGGCCACCAGCAGCAGCACCAGCAGCAACAACCGGCCCACGGUGGUCCAGGCGGACCAGCGGGUCACACGCAUCCGGUGGUGCCAGGCACUAUCGGGCUCGGUGGUCGACCGUCGGAUGAAUCGCGUCUAUCGGCCGGUCCCGGUACGGUGGCCGGUGCUAACGCCAACGAAACGGAGGAUAAUCUGGAGAACGAGGAGAAGGAAAAGUUCAAACGUACGCAGCGGCACGAAUGCAACGGACGUACGUCAGACGAUGACGAUGAGGAGCCGGACGAUGAUGAUCGAUAUCCGCGCGGUUCGAGUACGGGAGGCCGAGGUUCGAACAAUACGCGUACGAUCACGCAGCAGUGUUCGCUGGUCGCACCGAGUGAGAUCCAUGUAAGCGUGAGUGCGGCACUCACGGCCGAACCCAUCCUUACACCGGCGGAACAAUUGCGUCGCUACGAUCAACUGAUCCAGAAAACGCUCGCCAGCAAGCAGCGGGUCGUGUGCGACAUGUUCAAGGUGCCGGAUGAACAUUUCCAGGCGAUCGCCGACAUCGCUGCCCAGCCCGAAGCACCAAAGGAACCGACCGACAUUGUGCUGGCCGCAUUCUCGUACGGUCAAACAUUGAUGGAGAUCCUGACCCAGUACAUGCACGUGUCGGAGAGCCAACUGAUCAGUGCCGUUUCCACCUCGACCUGUGAUGAGUGUAGCAGCAGCGUGCAGCUGCGCGGUCGCACCACCAAGAACCACAUUCCGUCGAUUACCACCACCACCACUACCGCCGCCAAAGAAACGAUCGAAUCGACCGUACCGACGAUAGGUGGUGGUGGUGGCAUUGGUCCACCAGUGCCUUCUUCCGCACCCGCUACCACCAUCUCAUCCACAUCCGCAACCAGUUCCCCGCAACCGAUCGGUAUAGUGUCGCAAGAUCAAUCCGUCAACAUCACGGAGGAUGAGGAUGGUUAUUGCGAAAUUGAUGAAGUCCGAGCGGCCGCCGUGCUUUUGGCUGAGAAUGAAAAAGCGCGAAAGCUCACGGAAGCAUCCAAACUUGCUGCAGCCGCUGCUGCUGCUGUAGAUACCUUAGACGACGGUGGAGUUACUGGGAGUGACGUUGGUCGUGCGCCAAAAUCACCCGAGUCCCACAUAGAGAUCAAUGAGAAUUACGACUCAACGAUGAGUCCAUCCAUGACGCAAAAAUACUCUGGACCUCUGGGAGCGGAGCUAUGCGGCAAGAAUCGAUUGCUUCACGCUUCGACCGUUGCUCCAACCGUACCGUGCCAUCUGAUAGCGAACUACGUGACUGGUUUAAAUGCCCAGAUUUCGCAGCUCUUGCAUAAGAUUAAUGAAAAGGAUAUAGAACGAGAACAUCUGCGACGGGAAAAUCAGCAUCUGCGGGAGCUGCUGAAUGCAAUGCAUCAGGAACGUGUUUUAGAAUCACAGGAAACCAACCAAGAACAGCAGCAGCUCGCAUCUGGCGAUGAUCAACCGGUAGCAGCGGCGUCCUCACCAUCCUUUUCCACCGCGUGUUCGGAAGUAGCGGCGACCCCUUCUAUUCAGCCACAGCAGCAACAAUCGUUGCCACCUUCUCUACCGGAGGAUCCUACCAUCAGCCCCCACACGACCGGGCCAACCGGGAACGACAGUGCACCGACAGUGCCUACGGACUGAAG